AUGACAUGGCUGUAUCAAACACUGGAGGAUAGUCGAUCCAAAUUCCCGAAGAAUACACCGCAUCCACCACCCCGCAGUGCCAUCGAUCUUCAUGUUCUCCACGCUGUGGAGGGGCAUCCUCCACCACCACCUCCAUUUCCAUCGUUACAGUCGCCAGCGCAGCCGAUUGUGCCGACCACUCCGAAUAGCAGAAGCAUCAGGAUGCCCUCGAGAAAGUGCUCGACACCACUGCUUAAUAGGCCGGCUAUAACCGUCGAGGAUUUGCUGAAGGUGCCCCUAAAAUAAGCACUGCAAAACGUUAAGGAGAACAGGAGGAACACCAUACCGGAGCCAAGAGGCCCCGCGGUCACCCUGGACACUCGCAGCGUGAAACUGAAGUCUGCCAGGCGCAGAACUAACACCUAAACGAUCAAAUCGCGCACUGCACCGAACCUUAGCCUCUCGCCGAUUAUAACGGGCGCAGAGAACUUGUUGAUACGAAUCCUGAAACAGGUGGAUGCUCACAAACGCGUGUCCCGCCGUCUCUUGUCCUCGAGCACGUCGAAUUUUCGCGAGAGAUCAGCUGCAAAACGCGGACGAUAGAUAGGAGCUCGCAAUCCGCGAUUGUGUGAGUGUUUUGCAACGUGUACUGUUUUUAGUGGAAUUCAGUUAUCAUGUUUGUAAUUUAUCGAUCGAUAU